UUAUGAUAGCCUGUUGUUUUGGUCCUCACAACAUUGAAAGGUAAUUCCUCAGAAAGUUGUGACAAUAUUAUCUGACAACAUUGUGACAAAUAUGUAAGAACGACGUUAUGUUGUGCAUGGAACUCCAUAGAAUUUUGCUAAGUUGCCGACAGGUAGUCAUCACGCCGUAUGGCAACGUUACUGAAUAAUGAGGUCCUGACGACCUUAUUUAGACAAGCAACCCACCACGUAUCCAGACUCUUCUACCUCUGGCAAUAGCAGGCUGUUGAUGUUGUCUCUGGUCUGCAUGCUCCAUCUUUAGGAACACGAUGAUGUCACUGGCCCACUCAGGCUCAGCAUCACUACUCUAAGCAGCCAGCAGAGCCAUUUUGGCUUCUGCGUUACAGAGUACACACAGUACUCUCCUCACCCAGCCUCUCCCGGAUCAAGUAGGCCUCAUCGGGAACACAGAAUACCCCCUCCCCUUACCCCCCGUGGACCAUCUCUAAGUGGGGAGUGAGGACAAGGGGGACGUUCUCUGAUUAUCUGAGGCAGGGGCUUUGAAAGCCAGACAAAGAGGCACUACUGGCAGCAAAUCAACCGGUUUGCUGUGUAGUUACCAGCUUAGGAAGCCAGAGAAGCAGCACUGUAAAAGCAGGUGUGAGGCCUGGUCUGGACAGUGCGCAGUGGGACCCGUAAAGAGGCACCAUGGCAGGGGCCUCGGUGAAGGUGGCGGUGCGUGUCCGCCCCUUCAACUCACGGGAGAUGAGCAAAGAGAGCAAGUGUAUUAUCCAGAUGUCAGGAAACACAACCACUAUCCUCAACCCAAAAGUACCCAAAGAGACCAAAAGCUUCAACUUUGAUUAUUCCUACUGGUCACACACCUCGCCAGAGGACAUCAACUAUGCCUCUCAGCAGCAGGUGUACAGAGACAUUGGGGAGGAAAUGUUACUCCACGCCUUCGAGGGCUACAAUGUUUGCAUCUUUGCAUAUGGCCAGACAGGUGCAGGCAAAUCAUAUACGAUGAUGGGUAAACAAGAAAAGGACCAGCAAGGAAUCAUUCCACUGCUGUGUGAAGACCUUUUCACCAAGAUUAAUGACAGCAAUAAUGACAACAGCAUGUCUUACUCUGUAGAGGUCAGUUAUAUGGAGAUUUACUGUGAGCGUGUGCGAGACCUCCUGAACCCCAAAAACAAAGGCAACCUCCGUGUAAGAGAGCAUCCAUUAUUGGGCCCGUAUGUGGAAGAUCUGUCAAAACUUGCUGUCACAUCAUACAACGAUAUUCAAGACCUGAUGGACUCAGGAAAUAAGGCCAGGACCGUGGCUGCCACCAACAUGAAUGAAACGAGCAGUCGCUCUCAUGCUGUAUUCAACAUCAUCUUCACCCAGCAGCGCCAUGAUGCCGAGACGGACAACACCUCUGAGAAGGUCAGCAAAAUCAGUCUGGUGGAUUUAGCCGGGAGUGAGAGAGCCGAUUCCACUGGAGCCAAAGGCACUCGGCUCAAGGAAGGAGCAAACAUCAACAAAUCCCUCACCACACUGGGGAAAGUCAUUUCAGCUCUGGCUGAGGUGGAUUCUGGAUCAAACAAGAACAAGAAGAAAAAGAAGGCGGAAAGUUUCAUCCCCUACAGAGAUUCCGUGCUGACUUGGUUACUAAGAGAAAAUCUUGGUGGAAACUCCCGCACUGCAAUGGUUGCCGCCCUCAGUCCCGCAGACAUCAACUACGAUGAGACCCUCAGUACUCUAAGGUACGCAGACAGAGCCAAGCAGAUCCGAUGCAAUGCUGUUAUUAACGAGGACCCGAACAACCGGCUGGUGCGGGAGCUGAAGGAGGAGGUGUCUCGCCUGAAGGAGCUCCUCUAUGCCCAGGGCUUGGGUGACAUCAUAGAGACAUAUCGAGGUCCAGUCGAUGACGACUCUGGUUUGAAAUACUUAUCCGAUUACAAGAACAAUAACAAUACUGGCCAAGCUGUCAAUCAAAGAGGUGAUCUCUCCACAGUGACCAAUGCCAUGACGGGGAUGAGUCCCUCCCCCUCUCUCUCCGCUCUGUCCAGCCGGGCUGGAUCCAUCAGCAGUCUGCGUGACCACAUCAUGUUCAGUCCUGGGAGUGAGGAGGCCAUUGAGCGACUCAAGGAAACAGAGAAAAUCAUUGCAGAACUCAAUGAAACGUGGGAGGAGAAGCUUCGACGUACAGAGGCUAUCAGGAUGGAAAGAGAGGCCCUGCUUGCUGAGAUGGGUGUGGCCAUCAGAGAAGAUGGAGGCACCGUUGGCGUCUUUUCACCCAAGAAGCCAGCACAAAGAAAACCUCAGCCCAUCUUUAUAGACAGUGUUGGGUUAUUCUCCCCAAAUGAGACUCCACAUCUAGUGAAUUUGAAUGAAGAUCCUCUAAUGUCUGAGUGCCUUCUCUACUACAUCAAAGAUGGAAUCACCAGGGUUGGAAGAGAAGAUGCAAUGACAAGGCAAGACAUUGUCCUCAGUGGCCACUUCAUAAAGGAUGAACAUUGUAUUUUCACCAGCACAACAGGACCUAUGGGAGAAGCAGUGAUAUUAGAGCCGUGUGAAGGAGCCGAGACCUACGUCAACGGGAAGAAAGUGACAGAGCCCACUGUCCUCAGAUCAGGGAACCGCAUCAUCAUGGGCAAGAGUCAUGUGUUCCGCUUUAACCACCCGGAGCAAGCGAGGCAGGAGCGGGAACGGACGCCCUGCGCAGAAACCCCUGCUGAGCCUGUGGACUGGGCCUUCGCACAGAGAGAGCUGCUUGAGAAACAGGGCAUUGAUAUGAAACAGGAGAUGGACCAGAGGCUUCAGGAGCUGGAGGAUCAGUACCGCAGAGAGAGGGCGGAGGCCAAUAAUCUUUUGGAGCAGCAGAGAUUAGAUUAUGAAAGCCGGCUGGAGGCCCUGCAGAAGCAGGUUGAUCGUUGUUACCCUGAAGCAGCAGAAGAAGAGGAGGAACCUGAGGAGGAAGUGCAAUGGACUGAGAGGGAGACUGAGCUGGCUCUGUGGGCAUUCAGAAAGUGGAGGUGUUAUCAGUUCACCUCCCUCAGAGACCUUCUCUGGGGCAAUGCUAUCUUCCUCAAAGAGGCCAAUGCAAUUAGCGUGGAACUCAAGAAGAAGGUGCAGUUCCAGUUUGUGCUUUUGACUGACACACUAUACUCUCCACUGCCCCCUGACCUGCUGCCGCCUGAGGCAGCUAAAGAUCGUGAGAAAAGUCCAUUCCCCCGCACCAUUGUGGCUGUAGAGGUGCAGGACCAGAAAAACGGAGCCACACAUUACUGGACCCUGGAGAAACUCAGGCAGCGUUUGGACCUGAUGCGGGAGAUGUAUGACCGUGCUGCAGAAGUACCCAGCAGUGCUAUAGAAGACUGUGACAGUGUGCUGACAGGUGGCGACCCUUUCUAUGACCGUUUCCCCUGGUUCCGUCUCGUUGGAAGCAACCCCCUAUUCACCUCAUGCCUUAGUGAGCAAGCGAGUGACCGCACGGCAUCCCCUGACCUCUCUGAACCCACCACCACCUCCGAAGUCACUGAGCUCGUCCAGUCACGGCUCUGUGGAGGGGUGGGGGCGGAGUCGGAGGACUGCAGCGAUGAUCUUUUGUCCGAUGACCUGUGCUCCGAGCUCGGCGACGAAGACGAUGAGGAUGAAGAUUUUGAGGAUGAUGAGAGGGGUCUUUGCCGAAGCUCCGGCGAUGCGGAGGACCCCUUUUACGAGCGCUCUCCUUUGUUCAGUGUAGUGGGAAGGGCCUUUGUGUAUCUGAGCAAUCUGCUGUAUCCUGUGCCGUUGGUACAUCGAGUAGCCAUCGUCAGUGAGAAAGGAGAGGUCAAGGGUUUUCUGCGAGUAGCUGUGCAGGCAAUAUCAGCUGAUGAGGAAGCACCUGAUUAUGGCUCCGGUGUACGGCAGUCCGGAACCGCCAAGAUAUCCUUUGAGGACCAGCAGUUUGAGAAGUUCCAGGCAGACUCCUGCCCUGCCAGUCUGUCUCGCACAGGACUUUCUCAGGAGGAGUUGCGGAUUGUGGAGGGUGAGGGGCAGAAUGCAGAGAUGGUGCCCUCUGCAGAUGAAGUCAACAAUAACACUUGUGCAGCCAACCCAGAAGACCUGGACAGCCCAGUUAAGUCAGGUUUGGAUGGUGUUCUAGAUGGAACUCUGGAACACCUGAGGAUUGGAGAGGUUUUCACAUUCAGGGUCACUGUGCUCCAAGCUUCCAGCAUUUCUGCAGAGUAUGCAGACAUCUUCUGCCAGUUUAAUUUUAUCCAUCGACAUGAUGAGGCAUUUUCCACAGAACCGUUGAAGAACACUGGGCGAGGUCCACCUCUGGGCUUCUAUCAUGUGCAGAAUAUUGCUGUGGAGGUUACCAAGUCUUUUGUGGAGUACAUAAAGACCCAGCCUAUUGUGUUUGAGGUGUUUGGGCACUAUCAGAAGCAGCCUUUCCCUCCUCUGUGCAAAGAUCUUAUCAGCCCAUUGCGUCCAUGCAGAAGACAGUUUCCAAGAGUUAUGCCUCUGUCCAAACCAGUACCUGCUACAAAGCUGACAACGCUCACAAGACCCACUGCAGGACCCUGCCACUGUAAAUAUGACCUGAUGGUGUUCUUUGAGAUCUGUGAGCUGGAGGCCAAUGGAGACUACGUCCCUGCUGCAGUCGACCAUAGAGGUGGAAUGCCCUGCCAUGGCACUUUCCUAUUACACCAGGGAAUCCAAAGGAGAGUGACUGUGACUAUUGUGCAUGAGACUGGGAGUGACAUUCAGUGGAAGGAGGUUCGUGAGCUGGUUGUAGGCCGCAUCCGGAACACACCUGAAGCAGAUGAGAGCAUCAUUGACCCCAAUAUUCUCUCCCUCAACAUUCUGUCUGCUGGAAACAUCCGCCCAGCCCCAGAUGACAGACAGUUUCUUGAUUCGGACAUGCCUAGGACGUUCUACCGUUUUGAAGCUGCCUGGGAUUCAUCCAUGCACAAUUCACUCCUGCUGAACCGAGUGACUCCAUAUGGGGAGAAAAUCUACAUGACUGUCUCUGCUUACCUGGAGAUGGAGAACUGUACACAGCCUGCAGUUAUAACCAAAGACUUCUGCAUGGUGUUCUACUCACGGGAUGCCAAGCUCUCAGCAUCACGCUCUAUCAGAAACCUCUUCAGCAGUGGAAGCCUGAGGCCAUCUGAAGGAAACCGAGUUACUGGAGUGUAUGAGCUCAGUUUGUGCCACCUGGCAGAUGCAGGCAGCCCAGGGAUGCAGAGGAGACGCAGGCGGGUGCUGGACACGUCAGUGGCGUAUGUGCGAGGGGAGGAGAACCUGGCAGGUUGGAGGCCUCGCAGUGACAGCCUCAUCCUGGACCACCAGUGGGAGCUGGAGAAGCUCAGCCUCCUGCAGGAGGUGGAGAAAACCCGGCACUACCUCCUCCUGAGGGAGAAACUGGAGUCCACCCUGCUGCUGGGCCAGGAGCCGUUGCUGUCCUGCGGGAAUGAAGAUCCCGCCGAGUCCUCUUCCCCCGCGGCCCACCCAGGGUUGAGCCACAGCCCUGAGACUACACCCAGACCAGACACCCCCAAUGAGAGGCAGCGUGAACUCGCAGCCAAGUGUUUGCGUCUGCUGACCCACACCUUCAACAGAGACUACAGCCACGUGUGUGUGAGUGCAAGUGAGAGCAAGCUGAGUGAAAUGUCUGUAACUCUGAUGAGAGACCCCUCAGCCACAGCUCUCAAUACCCUCACACCUUCCUCCACCUGUCCCUCACUGGUGGAAGGUCGCUAUGGCAGCAACACUGAACUCAGACCCCCAACACCUCGCUCCCGUGCUAUCAGCCCUAGUCCAGACUCUGCGCCUGAGGGAGAGGGCAAGAAAUCCCCCAGCGGAGCCCCGGAGUCCAAACCGAGGGUCCACACAUUUGUCCCUGACAUUCAGGAGAUCCGUGUCAGCCCCAUUGUGUCAAAGAAGGGCUAUCUGCACUUCCUAGAGCCACACACUAAUGGGUGGGUGAAGCGUUACGUGGUGGUGCGCAGGCCGUACGUCUACAUCUACAAUUCAGAGAGAGACACAGUGGAGAGAGCCAUCCUCAACCUAUCUUCUGCCCAAGUGGAGUACAGUGAGGAUCAGCAGGCUAUGCUGAAGACUCCCUACACAUUUGCAGUGUGCACAGAGCAUCGUGGGAUACUGCUCCAAGCCAGUAAUGACAAAGAGAUGCACGACUGGCUCUAUGCUUUCAACCCUCUCCUUGCUGGAUCUAUCAGGUCUAAACUUUCCAGAAGAAGAGCAGGUCAGAUGAGGCUUUGAGAGAAUCACACACAUAUACCUGCGGUACUGCUGUCUAAGAAGAGGACAAAACCCACAAAAGCAAAAGACUAUCCUUGUAAAUAGAGCUCCUGAAUCUCCGGUUCCUGUGCUCAGUCCCGUCUCUAACCCUCAACACCCUUUGCUCUUCCUGUGUGUACCUGCACUCACCCUGUCUAGCACUAAGCACCUGUGUACUAAUGGCUCCAAUCGUGUGUCUGCAGGGGCCUGGAUACUCAACCCAUAACCCUCCUAAAAAGCUAAAGCCAGUACCUUUUGGGGGUAUUCAGAUUCAAAUAGCAGUGGAGAAUAGAAGCGUUUGCUUAGCUUCAUCAUAAAUGCUUAUAUAGUCAUUAAUGCUCCAGAGCAAAUGAAACAGGAGAGGUGUUGGCGACACUUACUUCCAAAGCUGUCUGUUCAUGAGAAACAUGGUUUAACUGGAUUUGUUGCAAUGAGGAAGGUAAUACACGUACCCAGCAGGCUGUGCCUCGUCUAGAGUUUGGAGAAAGAAAAAGAUAAUUCAAACAUUGCUGUCACAUUGCCUUAUUGUGUUAUUCUUUUCGUGUGAGAGUCUACAGGAUUACAACUUUCAAACUGGUCAGUAUUUAAGUCAGUAAACCAUGUAUUUAUUUUGUCAGUCAGCUGAUAGAACUGCUCAAAAACAAGUGACACUCGUCAAAGGAACAGAUUCAUCCUAGCUAGUGCAGAUUUUGGCCAGUGUGGAGGUGCCCAUAAAUAGUUAUGUAACUUUAUUAUAUUUCCCAUAAAGAAUAAUCUGGACUGAUGAGGAAAUGUAUGGCACAAGUGACAACUGUUCAUGUGAUUUCCUCAUAGCUGUGUGUAAACAAAACAUGGGUAGAUGUUUGAACAGAGCUGGACAGUCACUUUGAGUCAUGCUGGUGUCGUAUCUGAAAAUGUAACGUAAUCCAGUCUAAUAUUUUCUAGAAGGUACAAGGUGUCCCUUAAUGAACUUAUCUAUGGUUGAAUUACUUUAUAUUAAAAAUCUUAUGGAGUUAGAUAUUUAUUUAACAUGCAUUUAUUUAUUUCAUUGUGUAUUUAUUGACAAAAAACAUUUUGAAGUUUAGUGCAAUCUCUGCAUAAAGCACUUUUUAUCAUGAGUUUUACUAACCUCUUACCUAUGUAUCAUGCUACUCUCCCUGCUCAAUCCCCCGAAAGACUUUCGAGGAAAUAGGACAGGAGUUGAUGCUGGGACAGCUGCUACUAGAAGUAGAUUACUUGAAUUUUUAAUUUAUUUUGAAUGGUUGAAAUCAAGGAAAGGGCCUGUUUGUGAGAUCAGUUGUCUAAAAGAUAGAGGAUCAUUACCCAGAACACUUAAAAAACAUAAAGUCUGUACAAUCUCCAAUGUUAAAAGCAGGUUUUGUGGUUUAAAGGUGUAGUAUUUUGUACAGGCUCCCCAGGUUUGGAAUGGGAUAUGAUUUUAGUGCCUCUUCUUUAAGCAUAUCUGCUGUACACCUGUUGCUUUUUAAUAUUCUCAUCUACAUUCUCAUUUGCUGCUUUUACAGUUCUCCCUUUUCCAGUCAGCCCACUAGCCUCUCUUUACGCUCACAGGCAUAUUUACACAGUUCUGGAGUUGUAAAUUGAGUUUACAUGUUAUGCAUUUAGUGCAAAGUCAUAUUAGCGUUUUUUCUAAGCAUAUGUAGUGAUCGGUCUGAUGUUUCUACUCCUUGUUCACACAAAUUGACCCAUUUACAAUUUUUGGCUCCUACUUGGAGAUGGAGCUAAUGUACAGUGUUUGUGAUGCACCAUAUAUUGGAUCUCAACACACACAGAAAAACCUAUUCAGUCCCAAAAUCCCUGUUUAAAACAUCAAAUUACCUCAGUUUAGAUACUCUUGCGGUGGCACUUAGAGACUGUGAGUUUAGAGGCUGCACUACUGCGUUUUAAUGGCACUCAUAGGUUUAAUAAUUAGGGUCUCAUUAUUGGUAUGUGUGUGAUGUAACCGUUGGCUUAAUGCUUUACGAGGUGUGCAAACUCAACGGCUUCGUGUCUGUGUUGUUACUGAAAUGCCACUGUUUGUGUAAGAGUGAAAAUCUGUGUCCACAUCGCCUCACUGCGAGUGUUGGUUAACUGUAGCUUCGUCGUGGCCAAGUUAAAUUUCCAGGAAUGUUCAGCACCACUGAUUUGCGCUGUUGUGGUUGGUCGUACUCACUCGUGUUUUCAUGAUCUCUUUUCUCAUUUGUUGAUUCAGUGCUGAGUUUGUUUAGACAGAGGGACUUGUGAAUUAGGCUGGGGGGGUUUUGUUGCCCUGACCUUGACUUGGGCAGUCACUGGAGCAGAGGCCCAGUAUCCCUGUUUGCUAUAGCCAAGCCAGAUGGACUAUGAUGUGGUGUGAGAUGAUUGGAGGAUUCCCUGGGCUCCCCUUUGGGACAGGUACAGGCAUGACAGAGGCCAGCAAACCUCCAGAGCAUGCUCAGUAAGACCCAGGGAUUCUGGCAGUUUGAGACAACAAUUGGUCAGAGGUUUCAGUGUUGAAGUUAAAUGUAUACGUCUAUCACUUGAGGUUCUUAUGUAGAUUCAUUUGUAGUAGGGCUGCACAAUAUGGACAAGAAUAUAUUGUAAUUAUGUGAAUAUAUAUUGUGAUCUGGUGACUGCAGUAUACAAAUGAACCUAUAAUGCAAGAUAGUUCAUGAUUGGUCUGCAUCAUGUUGAACAAAAUUAUUCAUGUUUCUUUGAUCAUGUGAAUACCUCAGUUCAUCACACCAGUAGAAACUUAUCUGGAUUAUCCAACAUUGGCCAAAAUGCUCACAGUUAACAAUAAAACAGUCAGUGGUUGGUUAGAGAGGUCAUUGGUUACCAGGCUUCGUGAUAUUAAUACAGAAACAACAUAUUGUGCAGCCCUGAUUUCUAGUUUAUUCCUUUAGUUAAACACCCUAUAUACUAUCUGACCAAUCAUUUGAGCCACUUGGACAUAUCAGGGCUACUUACUAUAUUGUUAUCCACAGAGUUCACUAUGGAAAUGCACUCUUUGCAGUGAACAUUAUUUAACUAUGUGCAGUCCUCUUUAACAGUUUCAGAUGAAAAUUUUCAAACUCUACGUAUUGGUCUACAUUUGUGCAUGAAAUUUGAUUGCAGAGUUGUCUGAUCCAUUCACAUAUCUCUUAA